AUGAAACUGCAUGAAGAGGCACUAGUAAGUAACGUAUUUACGCUGUCUUCUGAUCACUGCGCCAUCUCGGUUGAUCUUGAAUCGAGACUAGUGCGGACAGCCAUACGUUCUUUUAAAUUCGAAUCCGCAUGGUUACUGGAAGAAGGUUGUGCAAAGGUGGUUGAUGAGGCAUGGCGGUUGUCCGUGAGGUUAAACUUCCAAGAACGCAUCGCUGUUUGUGGUGAUCGUCUUUGGAGGUGGGGUGGGGAACACUUUCAGCGGUUUGGGAACCAAAUUAAGGAACUACGUAACAAGCUGGUUCGACUAAAGGAAGAUCGCACAUCUCAAGGGAUUGGAGAAUUCUUGGCGACAGAAAGUGAGCUAGAGGCGUUAUUAACGCAAGAGGAAAUAUUCUGGAAACAACGUUCUAAACAACUAUGGCUAAAACACGGGGAUGCUAACACGAAGUACUUCCACAAAGUCGCUACAGCUCGGCGUAGGCGUAACUUUUUUGCUUCGUAUUAA